AUGGACAUAAACACUAUAGAAAUUUUUAAGGAAGCGCUUUCAGCUAACACGGUCAAUUAUGAUGGUGGAAUUAUUGCCCUACCAUUCAACUUGGAGAUCUUGAAAUGGGCUAAUGAAACACGUGACAUUUUAUCGUGUGCUAGAGUUCCUUCUAAAGUUAAAUUCUACAAUAUAUACGCGAUCAAUCUUGAGACACCCCAUAGUGUCUGCUAUGGAAGUGCGGAAGCUCCAGUUACAGAUUUGCAGCAACUACCAUUUUUCCAGCCUACGUAUGUAUGUGUUGAUGGUGAUGGGACAGUUCCGACUGAGUCAGCCAAGGCAGAUGGGCUGAAUGCAGAAGCAAGGGUCGGAGUCCCCGGCGAGCACCGAGGGAUUCUGUGCGACCACCAUGUAUUUCGGAUUCUGAAGCACUGGCUGAAGGCAGACUCAGACCCAUACUACAACCCUCUAAACGAUUAUGUGAUUUUACCCACUGCAUUUGAAAUGGAAAGGCACAGAGAGAAAGGCUUACAAGUAACAUCCCUUAAAGAAGAAUGGGAAAUCAUCACAGAAGACCAAGAUGAUGAGGGAGAUACAAAGCCCUUGGUGAGCUCCAUUUCUGUUUCUCAUGUGGGAGACAAACUUUCUCCACGGGCUGAGGCUUGUGCUACCAUUACUCUUCACCCUCAAAAUGAGGGCAAGCAGCAUGUUGAGCUGAAUGCCGUAAGUGUGUCGGUUGAUGCCUGAAUUGGUGGCGUUCGAUUGAACUGAAAAAGGAAGAAACUCUUCAUCCAUGUGGUUUACAUGUUGUAUGUACAGCUUAUGUAUGACAUUUUAAAUCUAUUUGUACAGAACAGUUCUAAUAAAAAUUACUAUUCAUUUCAA